GCCAAUGGUGUGCGUUUUCGUUGACGAAAAAGGUCAAAAGUUCAACUCUUCUAAUAUGCACGAAAACGAAAUUUUCGUCGAGUUUUCGUUCAAGAUUUUCGUUGCGGCAGUUUUCGUUCUGAUUUUCGUCGAUAUGGACGAUAGUGUGGCCUAGGCUUAAAAUCUGUCUCUUGAUUGGUGUAUUGCCGUUGUGCUGACUAACGAGCCGCCGUUUUUGCUGAAAUGUUCAAGCGGUGUUGUGCGAAAUUCAGCACAGAUUGAGAUUGUUGAUAGCUGAGGUUUUAUCUUUGAGCUUCAAAACCAACGAUUUUAAUGAGAAGCAUGGCAUCUUUCACUGAUCGAGUCGAAGAUGCUUUUACGAGGAAAGAUGGGACUUUUAUGGCUCAACUCUACGGAGAGAUGUUGGAUUGCCUGAAAGUCAACAGCAUUGUUACCAACGAUAAUUUGUUAGAUCGUCUCGGUGUUGAUAUUUUCCGAAAUAUCAAUGCCGAAUUUUACAUACCGCAGAGUGCCAAGACAAAGAACACAAAUUUGGUUGCCUUAAGAUCUGCUACAAAUGGCAACUGCCUCUAUAGUUCAUUUUCAAUUCUGCUUGUUGGUGACAACUCUGUGGUGACUAUUUUGAGGCUGAUGACCUCUAUAGAAUUAUUUUUAUAUGCUGAUUAUUAUGCGAAACAUCCAUGUUUUUCAAAUCUUUUUGAAACUCAGCAUAACAAACACUUUGAUUCUAUCUCAAGCAUGGUGGCCAUGUCAGUCUCUUUUGAAGCUAUUGAUAGUGCUAGAAGUGUUUUUUCUGUUGCUGAACUGGUCAGGGCAGAAGCUGUGUUAAAUGCAAAAGAUAUGGCAUGGACUGGGUUUGUUUGUUUGUUGGCACUCUCUUCAGUUACAUCCUGUAGCAUUUUUUCUUAUUAUCCUGACAUAUACUCUAGUGCUUAUAGGUAGAAUUUAUUAUUUAACCAAAGAAUUGAACCUCGUAUUCUCAAGCUACUGCAUUCAAACACAAUCACUAUGUGCCUUUGAUACUUGGUGGGAAGGGAACUAAAAGAAAUGGAAGUAGUCACUUGUCACAAGCUAAAAAGCCCAGUAUACAAACAAAGUUGAGGUUUACACCUUCUGGUCCUACUGAGACAACCAUGACAACUAAGGUUCAUCCAUAUGGUAUAUCUCACAGUAGCGCUUUGGGUUCUUGUGAUGCUUCUUCUUUUAUUUCAUCUUCUACCUUGCAAUUACCAGAUAAUAAAACUGCAAAUGCUGAUUUGCCUAGAAAUCCAUAUGAUGUUGGUUUUUAUAGAGAAAAGGUGAGAGGUAUGGAAAUUCAUGAAAUUGAAAAACUUGUGAAGAAUGUAUUCGUACCUGAUGAAUGCUAUGAAUUUCCUAAAACUGUUGAUGCAAAUGGUCGCAGUAGGUCCUUUCGACAUGAUUGGCUGAAGGAUUAUCUUUGGCUUUCGUAUUCUCCAAGUCUUAAUGGUGCUUUUUGCUUACCAUGUGUUUUGUUUGGUGAUAGGUUUCCCUCCAAUAUUUUUUUCAGAGCCAUUAACACAUUGGCCUGAUGCUAAAAGUGCAAUAAAAAGGCUUAUAAGUACAUCAUCAGGUCUUCAUGUUCACACUUCUGCUCUUCUUAAGGACAUCUUGGAUCAGAGUUCCGGUAAAAGCCAGCCAAUAAAUGUCAUGAUUGACAGUAACUUAAAGAAAAAGAUUUCA